AAAAAAUUGGUAAACAAAAACACAAGUUGACAAUGAGCGAAUAAAUACCAAAGAUAAAUCUGUGACAUUUUAGAAUUUGGAAUUCUUUUGGAUUUUCUACAGAAAGUAUCCGGAAAAUAACUGAAAAUGAGUAUUAUGAUGUGUUGUGAAGGGAAAAUUCUUCAAAUAUUAUCUUAUGAAGAUACUGUCAGAUAUAGCCAGAGUUUAGAAACAUUUUUCAACCAAAAUAUUCCCACGAAAAGUUAUAUUGCUAUAUUUAUGACACACAAUAUAUAUAUACCUUCUUUAAUACAUAGUAUUAAAAAUUGUGGCCACAUAUUUAUACCCAUAAAUAAAAAUGAUUCGAAGCAAGAAAUAGAAGAUCUAGUCAGAGAAGCAAGUAUUCAGUAUCUGGUAUCCCUUGAGAGCAAUGAAGAAUCAUUUGAAAAUUUUCAUUUGUUAAAUAAAAUAGUUCUAGGAAGUGGAGAAAUAUUUUUAUGGAAAAAUGAAAUUGAGAGAAAACAAUGUCCUAUAGAUGAUUCUUUAAUAUGCAUCUUAUCUACCUCUGGUACUACUGGAAAAAGAAAAUUAGUUAAAAUAGAAUCAUAUUGCAUUGAGAAAAAUGUGAAUAAUCUUAGCAACAUAUUCAACUUAAAUAAAGAUGACGUGAUAUUUUAUGGCACUCCACUAACAUUUGAUCCAUCUCUAGUAGAACUUUUUCUUGCUUUCGAAUCAAAAGCUACAUUAUUGAUUGUUCCAGAUGAAGUCAAAUUGAACUCGGAGAGACUUUUCCAAACAUUAUUUUCUAAAACUGAAGAAUAUAAAAACAUCACAUUUCUUCAGACUGUUCCUUCUUUAUUUACAAGAUGGACAGAUAAACAAAUUCAGUAUAUAAUAAAGAAAACCCAACUGAGGAUUUUAGUUUUUGGAGGAGAACCUUUUCCCUCCAAGAUCCUAACAUAUGAAAGAUCCUUGAGAAUCUUUAAUAUUUACGGAAUAACAGAAAUUUCUUGUUGGGCUACUAUUUACGAGGUUCAAGAUGAUAAUGAAGUAUUUAUCGGGAAACCUCUAGAAGAAACAUUCUUAAAAAUAUGUAAUGAGGGAAAAGAGGUUCAGGAGGGUUUUGGUGAAUUGGUCUUAGGGAGCAAAACGAGGCAUUGUUACGUAAAUAAUGAGAUCAAGAAAGUUGAUUGGAGAUUUACAGGAGAUCUUGUUAUAAAAAACAGUCAAGGAAUAACGUAUAUUGGCAGAAAUGAUAGUAAAAUAAAACGUUUAGGACACCAAAUUUUUUUGUAUGAAUGUGAAAGGAAAAUUUUCAAUGAAAUGGGACUAACCUGUAAAUAUGUAUGGCAUGCAGAGGACUGUAAAUUAUUAUUAUUCAUUUCGAUUCCAUUGAAUGAUCUUGGAAAUCGAAUCAAGAUAUUAGACAAAUUGAGGCUGAAACUACUACGGUUAUUAUCAAAAGAAGAAUUUCCUGAUUUCAUAGAUCUUAUUUCUACAUUUCCAGUUACCCAAAAUGGAAAAAUUGACAUUGGAACUUUAAUUGAAAUCUACAAAAGAAAUAAUGAAAAAGAAAGGAAAAAAGAACCAUCUGAGGUGAUCCUUAUGACAAUUGCUAAAUAUCUCGGCCACAGCUUAAAGACUAUUACCAACUUGAAGAAUUGUACGUUUGAAAAUCUUGGAGGAAAUUCGAUUUUGUAUAUAUUGCUAACAAAUGAACUCAAAGAUAUUUUGGAGUAUAAUUUACCUUCAGAGUUUCAUUCGUUACUAUUAAAUGGGAGUUUAGAAGAUUGCAUGCAUUUUCUUGAUAACUUUCAAAACUUAGAAAAUGAAAAAAGGAAAAUUUCCAGAGACGAAGACCUUGAAAUUGAUACAAAAAGAGCAAAAUAUCCAGCUGGUGUUGAAAUUGUUUGGAAAUUCAAUUUGUUCGGAUGUGUUGAUGCUACCCCAUUGAUCUUCAAAAGACAUGGGAGAGUUUAUGUUGGAGUUGGAAGUUUUUCAAAUUUUUUUGUGAUAUUGGAUGCCUUAACUGGUGAAACAAAAUUCCUUAAACAAUUUCCGGAUUCUUUAGGAAGUGAAGCUGCUAUAUCACCUUGUUUGAAUUACCUUUAUUUUGGAUGCUUCGAUGGAAAUUUGUACUGUAUAAAUUUGGAGGAUUAUAGUGUUGCUUGGAGCUAUGAAACAGAAAAAUCAAUUAAAUGCCAGCCUGGUUUUUGUUUGAACGACAAAGCCAUAGUGUUCGGAUCUUACGAUAAACACAUACACUGCAUCAAAGUUGAAAAUGGAGGUUUCAUCUGGAAGACAUUAAUUCAAGAGAGUAUAAUUGCAGUACCCAUACUUCAUAAGGAAAGGAAACAAAUUUUAGUUACAACUUUAUCUGGUUCUUGUUUAUCAAUUUCCGAAGAGACAGGAGGAAUUUUGUGGAAAAUUAAACUCAAAUAUCCGAUAUUUGGUACACCUGUUUUAAAAGAAAAUAAACUGAUAUCAUGUGACGUUAUAGGAAAUGUUUAUUUUAUCGAUAUAGAGUCGGGUAGUAAGCUUUCGGAGACCAAAGUGGAUGGUGAAAUUUAUUCUUCAAUCAAAUGUUCAAAUUAUCAUUUCAUUAUUGCAUCAACCAAAGGAAUUGUAUCCAAAUGUAAAUUGAUGAAUAACAACUCCAAUUGUGAUGUUGACAACAGUUUAGAUUUGGGGUCUUCGAUUUCUUCAACACCAGUUAUUUUUGAAAUUGACAAAUAUGUACUAAUUGGGAUUUUCACUUCAAAAGGAGAUUUUUAUUUGAUUAAUUUUGAAAAUAUGAAGAUUCUCACUUAUUGGAGGUGUCCGGGUGAGGUUUAUUCAUCUUGUAUUUUCAACGAUUCCAAAUUAUAUGUGGGUUGUAGAGACGAUAAUUUAUAUUGUUUAGGAUUACAAAUUUUUGAGUUUGAAUAGGAAGUAAUGGAUUUGUUUUUGUCACAGUUAAAAUUUCACCUCUCAAUUAAAUGAAUAUGACUGUGAAGGACAAAUAUUCAAGCAGAAAGUAAAAAAUGUAAUAUAAAUAUACUACGGAAAUACACAAAUAAAAUCUCUUGUAUGUUCAUUUCAUUGUAUCUAUUCAACUUUCUCUUAUUUUUAGAAUACUACAAACCUAGAAAAUUCCAUCAAAAUUUUGAUCUCACUUGAUUUUCAGGAGAUUGCUAAAAUGUUUUUGUAGAAUAUAAAAAUUACUUCGAAGAUAUCGAGUUAUUUCCCUGAAAUCUUAAGCUUUAUAAGAAUGAAUAUAAUAUAUAGGAGAUAAGUAUAGGAAUACUUGUGAUACAUAAGACUUUUAUUUUUCAUAUACAGUUAUAAAAUAUCACAUAACAUAUAUAAAAAUGCACUUUCUCUCAUUUUAUCUUGUUGAAUAGGUAUAGUCUAUUUCAAUAAUAAUAAAAUUUGUAACAAAAAUAGUACGAUUUAGCAGAGGUUUUUCAGUCGAAAUUUUAUUUUUGGUUAUUUAAAACCUAUUCUGAUUCAUUGAAACGAAGAAUUUGUAUAUUUCAUUUCUUGUAGAUAAAUCCAGCUUUGAAAAAAGUUGUUCUGUAUAUUUUCCUUAGACCUAUGAUAUUUUGGCAAAAUACAAUCUUCUUUUCAAAUUAUCAUUCGUCUAGUUGUUAUACAUGCCUUCAAUAAGAAAGUCCAUUCUUCUAUAAUGUCUAUGUUGCCACCAUUCUGACCCCAGCUUGUAAGUGCCCCAAAAAAUUAAAGAUACUAUCGGCAAGGAAAAGACAAUUGCUACAACUGGAACUAUAUACUUCCUUGAUCGUUCUCCAUAUUCAUUGAUAAUCUUAUGAUUAAUAGGUACAGUAGAAAUCAUACUUUCAUUAUUUUGUUUGGUAGAAUUAUCUACUGAAGAUACACUUGAAUUAGUAUCUUGAGAAGAUUGAGUUGUAACGAUUGUUGAAAUAAUUGUCACAGUUGUGGGGGGAUUUACUCCUUUUUUUGCUACACUUGACGUGCCAUCAUUUUUCUUGGGGAGAACGUAGUGAGUAUUGUUGGUACCAAUUUCUAUUAUAGUAUUAGGAGUUGAACUGGGACUUUCGACAGUAGAGUCAAUCGGUAUAUUUUCCCGAGGAUGGUGAGUUAUUUGUUUUUCAGGAGCACUAUUAAAGUCAGUUGCAUUGGUUUUUGUAGAAUUACCCUCAAUCAAUAGAGAACUAUUGUUUUGCGCACGUCCUUGGAUAAUAUUAGUGAAAAACAUGAAUAAGCAUACAUAUUUGAAAUAUACACCUAACAUUGUAAGAUUUCCAAAAAUUGAGCAUAUGUUGAAUAUAAUAACAUAAAAAUAUCAAAACAUUACGAAAAUAAAUUUUUGAUUGAUUUGCAUGAAA